UGUUGAACGAUCACUGCUCAGUGCUCAGGCCCUAUCUGCCACAACACCGCCUUUCCAACAUCACAGGAUCUGCCUGAAUUAUCCAGAUCAACAUGCAGUGUGAAGAGACCAGACUGAACAAGAACUCCUUGUUGCGUGCGUUGAAGCGCUAUAGCACUGCAGUCAACAACAUGGAACAGACCAUCCUGCUGCCCAGCCUGCUCAGAGACGUCCCAUUUGAACACGAUGUGGACUGCGAGGCUGUAGAGAACAUCAAGGACCUGUACGAGUACUAUCACAUGCUGAAGGUGAUCAGGAACACAGUGGAGAGCGGUCUGGUGCCUCAUGAUGAUGGGAACACGAAGACUCACACAACUCUGUAUAAAAGCCUGGAGCCAUUGCUGGAGGCUGACCCAGAGGCAUUCUUCUACUUCCAUCUUAGAGGUCUGUUUUCAGUCAUGGGCACGGUCACGAAAAGAUCACAAGACCUUACAGAAAAAUACCUGGACAUUGUGGGCCUAGGAAAUUAGAACAAUAAAUAGCAAACUGUCCAGACUUAUGCAUCUUUCUGAAACAUUAUCAAAGCUGUACCUUAUAACAUAUCUUGUUAUACUGUAAUAAUUGUACUUUAUUUAAACAUUUAUGUGCGAGUGCAAUAUUGUUUGUUGUUGUCACUUCCUUGUUCUGUUCACAGAAGGAAAAUAUGACACACUAAGUCUGUAAAACUACACUUACAAUAAAAUGUUUAAAGCACAAGUCA